CAAAUGAAAAGAAAAUUCUCAACAAAAAUAAUUUGGAUAAAUAAAAAGCCUGUUCCCACCUUUCCGUCAUUUUUGAGUUAUAUGCUUUGGCGGUGUUUUCUAAUUAAGUUUUAUGCUUGGGAGUGGCUGUCGCGCAGUUCUGCCCUCAAGGCUAUUGUAGAGAGUGCAAUUAUGAAUUGGGCGCUUCCUGAUUCUCUCUCUUUUUUCUUAAAAAAUCCAGCAUUUUUUUACUGA